GAAGGUAUUGAAGAACAGGAAAGCUCCAAUGAAGAAAAUUUUAGUGAUAUAUUAGUUGAAGAAUCUCUGGAAAAUAAUGGUUCGUUAUUUGUAAUUGAAGAAAAUACAACACCAUCAGUCGCGAAUAAAUGUCAAAGUGAUUUUGAUAAAAUUGCAGAAGUUUUUGACAUUUGUUCAGAUCCUGAAGACAUUCAGGGAGCAACCAUUGAUAAUACUCUGGAUAGUAUCGAAAGAAAAAAUAAACCACAAGUCCUAGCAGCAUGGCCCAAUAAUGCUUACCGUGAUUACAUGGAACUUAUUAUAGAGGUAUCUUUUACAGCACGGAUCUCAGUUUUUCUGGCAGAUAUGCUUGAAGAUAACGAAAUAACUACAACAUAUAAAGUAGCUCGCAGUAAGAUGCCAUGUCAUAACUGCAUGGUCCAAUAUAAUGAUCUAAACAAUAUGAACCUUGCUUCAGAAAAAACGAUUUCCAGAACUUCAAAACAUAUGCAACAAAUUCUGGAUGAAAAGCAGGAAAAGGAAUUUUCUAUAUAUAAA